UCAGUGAUAAAAGUUGUCAAAAUUCAAAUCCAUUCCGCUCUCUCUCUAAAGUUAUUAAGUAGUAGUCGAAAUUUUUAUUUAGUUUUUGUUUCUGCCCCUAUUAAUUCCACAUAUGUAGUAAAAAAAGUAAAACAUAAUAUCACAGUCAACAUAAAAAAAUAUUAUACAAAGGAAGAGAUGGAGCCGAAUGAUGUUUUUAAAAAAAUUAAAGAAUUUGGCCAGUCUCUAGGUAACCGGGAAAAACUGAUUCAAUAUUGUAAUUCGGAAAUAAAUGCGAUACUGAAAGUUUUACCAAAAGGAAUCCUAAGUAAGGAUGGAGCACAACUUAUUGAUUGUAUUUUAAAAGGUUUAUCUGGCAAUGCAGAAAAAAAAUGCCAGGUUAUAAGUAUAGUUUUAAAGACAAUUAGAGAGCAAUCAAUGACAGAAACAUAUUGGGGAGAUCUCGUGAGCAGAUUAUCCCUGGAAUUAUCAAAGCUGCCAAUAGAGAAUUUGUUAAAAUGGAGCAGUGAUAGCGUGCAAACAAUAAUUGAUGAUAGCGAUGUAAAUAUGAUCUGGGGAGACAUAUUGCCGGAGUGCCUUAAUAUAAUAUCUACAUAUCCGAGCAUUAGGCACUGUGGUACUGUAAUGUCAGGAGUCGAGUACAAGAUUCAGUGCAUCCAAGGAUUAUGUCAGUGUACAUGGAGGGAAAAACAGCUCAUACAAUUGACAGCCAUGUUCAAAGAUAUUCAACUAACUAAAGAGAAUCACAAGCAAGUGGUGAACAAGAUCUGUUCCUACAUGGACAAUCUACCUUCAGACACUCUGCCGCCCCUGGUUCAUCAUCUACUUAAACUAUGCAAGCAGCAAAACUUAGAAAUAGUUCUGUGCCACCUGAGUCACUACUUCAACAAGUUGUACGCCAAACUGCAACCACCAGCUCAAGACUCCGAGGCCACUACAAUGGACGUUGAAGACAUCGUUCUGCACAGCGAGGACGAACUCAGGCGCUGCCAGUCCACUUGCUUGUACCACUUGUCUCAAGGGUUGGCGGACCCGGAAUUAAUAAGGAAGCACAUGAAGCAGUGGCCUAAAAUACAGCUGUUCAGAGAUCCGUUCCUCAUCAAUGUGGCACUUGCCGUGUCUGAUAAGGGAGCAGAUUUCGCCUCCGUCUGUUUAGAUGUGAUCAAAUCGGCAAUAGAGUUGACGCUUCAAGAUGAGCUCAGAAGAAAAGAAUCAGCGUGGGCCAUUUCUGUUCUUCCGUUGGAUUACGACGUCGCCAGCGUACUGAAAGCACUUGUCAUUGAAAGUACGAAUCACCGUCAGAUGACCGUUCUGGGUUUGAUCAAUUUGGCCUUCUCGCUGCUAUCAGUAUACCGCUUGAAGCCCACAGCGCCCCAGUGCUGGGCCCUCGGCCAGAUGCUGCUAGUCAAACUGUCCAAGACUCAACCGGAAACAGCUUCACACAUCCUCAGCCAGCUCGCAGACAAACUUUUUGGGGAUUCGACACAGACUCAAUAUUCAGAAUGUCUGUACAUACUGUGCAAGCAGGCGCCGGUAGUCGUUGAGCGAUGUCCUCAAAUUAUCCUGAUAGUGGAGAGCUGUCAAGGAAAACACGCAGUGAAGACCUUCGAAGCCCUAAAGCCUCUGUUAUCAUUUAGCGAGAGAACAAGAGAUACACUGCUUAAAGUGUGCAGGAAACAUCUAUACUCUGGGGACCUGUGUCACCGCCGCCUCUCCGUGUCCGGUUUCCUGUGUGUGUUGCGUCACACGCGUCUCUCGUCGUGGUCGGAGUCCUCCAGUCAGCCGGAGUCCGCUCACUCGUAUCUCACCCAGCUAGCGGUUGACGUUCACACUAACAGAGACACUGUCACCUCUCGCGUCAGAAACGAGAGUAUGUUUAUGGAGAUAGUGUCCAUACUCCGACGCUGUCUGGUGCAGGACGUUGCUGUCAAGCAAUAUUUAUACACGGAAAUCUACAAUUCAGUGAAAGACAAAGCAGCGCUCCACGAAUCUAUCCUCGAGAUGCUCAAUGAUCACCUCAGUAAAUACCUCCCCCAGGAAGGGGAGGGGGCCAUACUGAUGGACGACUGCGUGUCCAGCAACGGUGAAUUAAUAGAACCCAUCGGACAUUUGCUGUUCACCAUAGCCCAGUUCCUCCAAAAUUCAGAAGAUGAGUCCGAUGAUAUAUUGAGUAGUCCACAACAAUGCCCAGUAGCAUAUUAUAAGAACAAACUCACUACUGUGAUGCAGAAGAUUUGUCAAGACGAUUGGCUCUCUAUAGUUGACUUGGAGUCGCUCUCGGACCUCACGGUCGAGUCGAAGGUCAAAUGUGUGAAGGUACAGCAAAUAUUGCAGUGCUACGAGGCCCUGAUGGCCCAUAAGAUGAUGCAGUGGAACUUGCUCACGCCUCAAGCAGACGCCGUGCUCAGAUUGCAUAAAGCUUAUAAUCAAUUGUUAGAAAAUACCAAGGCAUCUCCAAAAGUUACCAAAAAGGCAAAAGCAAAUGAAACGAAAGAUUCUACUUUACGGAAGAGUCCGAAUGACAAAGAAACAACCAAAAAUAAACAAAAGGAAAAGGGCAAAGCUCCGGUUACCUUCGCCGGCGCCUCCAAAGACAGAGGCGGUCCGUUCAAACCACUACCAUGUGUGUGGGACUUGGCCUUAGGGUUGAGAGUGUUACAACUGUUAUAUAGCGAGGAGGUGCCGUGGUCGUCGUCAGAGCACCGUAACCAAGUCCGCAGCCAGCGAUCCUUCAACUUGUUCGCAGUGAGAGCAGUCCAGGGAACACUAGUAGAAGGACUCCCAAGACAUCAAGUCGCCGAUGAAGUACUGAGUGUAGCCGGCUUGGUGUACACUAGAUGUAUAUGCAAAUUUCAUGAUGUAUACAACUUUGACGAGCAUGUAACGUAUGCCUGUUUGGAACUGUUCAAAGCCUGUCUGAAUCUCCUGCUGUCCAACGAUUAUGCUUUUAAAACAGAAGAUAUUUUAUCUGGAAUGACUUGCAAAAAGGACGCUACUGAAUCUGUAUGUAUGGCCGAUUUAUUGGGAGCGUUGUUCACGUCCCUGGAUCAUUUGGAAUCUGAAAGGGCGGAUGACGGUUUGGACGCUGUCGGGAAGAAGACUUACACACUGUUAGUACAAAUAUGCACGAUGCUCAUGGAUAUCCCCGUAAAGGCUGCGUUUGACUUGAGCGAGGUGUUGUCCAAGCUGGAGAGUCUGUGCCGCUGCAGCCCUGUCCCCGACGUAAUCUCCUUGUCUGCGGGGUGUCUGACGGCCGCGGCCCGGGACGCCUUGGACUCGCCGCUUCUUGACGACAUACUGAAGAUACUGGCUGCCAGGCUAGAUUACAUAUGUGGUGAGGUGGAAUCGUCUCAAGUUGAUAACGAAAAUGAUUUCCCGGCCAUAGACGACAAGACGGGUCACACAGCGCUGGCGAUGGUCUGCGCACAUCUUACUUGGAGACUUAAAUGUGUACAACAUUUACUACUGCGAGCCAAAGACCUGAGCAGCGCUGUGCUGUACACGCCUCACACACAACACACUAAGAUACGGAGAGAGUUGACCGAGCUGUAUGAGGCUAUCCAAGUCCAGUUGUGUCAGCUGACAACGUGGACAGCGAGCGUCGCAUCCGUGCGCUGUGUUAUAGGGGCCGGAAGCGACAAGGUGCUGAACUUGUGUGUGAAACUGUACUCACUGCUGGCGACCUACGUUAAACUGAUGGACUUACCCACCGCGAGGACAUUACACUUGGAGAAGCUGUUGAAGCUGUCCGGUCGCAAGCUGUCUCAGGUGACAGACGAGCUGGUGUCGUACGUGGAGGCUUCGCAGCCACAGAAGAACGUCUUGAAGGACACUAAGGUCGUCCCGCGACUUGUCAAGGCCAAGGAAUCGUUCAACAAGAACGUCGUCCUGCUUGGAGAGAAAAGUUACCAACAAUAUAUAUCACUGGGCAACGCGAGGGACUUCAAGAUCGUUAAGCAGAUUUUGGAAGACAAGUUGAAUGCGCUGGAACCAAACACGCAGGCGACGGACGCGACGGAGGCCUUGGGUGAUGACAUAGACGACGCGUCCACCGUCGUCUUGGAUGAUGAAAACGAAUCUGAUGUUGAAGAUAACAGAAGGAAGAGACGGUCGCCAUCUUGAAAUGUUACUGUUCUGUCAUAUAAUGAUGUUAUCUGAAUAAAAAUUAUAACAACUGAUA